GCUGGGUGCAGCUUGAUGAGUCCUGAUCUCUUCCUUUUGUAGUUUUCGAACAACAAUAUACCGACCUCCACCCCGUCUAUACCCGAACCAAUACAACGCGUCCAUACAUUCACCAUGGCCGAUGACGAUAUCGAUGCUCAGCUCGCGGGCCUCGGCAAGGAGCUUGACAAGGACGCUGAGAUAGACCGCAUCCGUAGUGUUUUCAGUCUCGAUGCCUACGCCGUCCUCGAUCUCCAGCCCGGUGUCCCCGAAUCCGACAUCAAAAAAGUCUACCGCGCCAAGUCCCUCCUUAUUCAUCCUGACAAGACCAAGAACGAGCUCGCCCCCGAUGCCUUUGACCGUCUCAAGAAAGCCCAGACUGUCCUACUCGACGAGAAGCUGCGCGCAGAGUUAGACGAGAACAUUGCCGAUGCGCGCAUGCUGCUCAUGCGAGAGAAGAAGCUCACGGCUGACGACGAAGAGACACGUGGCGAGGAGUUUGCGAAAGAGUGGAGGCAGAAGGUCAUCUGGGUCAUCAGAGACAACGAGAUGAGGAAGCAGAGGCAAAUGAAGGCCGCUAUGAGAGAAGAGGGACGUGCACAGAGGAAGGAAGAUGAGGAGAUUAAGGAGCGCAAGAGGAAGAGGGAGCAAGAUGAAGCUUGGGAGAAGACCAGGGAUACGCGCAUCAACAGCUGGAGGGACUACCAGCAGGGAAAGAAGCCAGAGCCCGCUGACGGCGCAAAGAAGAAAAAGAAGAAGGUGAAGGCUUUGGGA